ACAUGGGUCGUCCUUGUCAAUGAAGGUAGACAGCGGCAGUGCAACGUUAGCUAGCUACAAAAUUCCGGCUGCAUAACCUGCAGUUAAACAUUUAGCAACCUGAAGGUAUUCAUACACUUAAGUAUUGUAAGCUUUUCCUUCGUUCGUGAUAUGGCGGCCAGGAUUUUGCCUGUAGCAAAGUUAGCCACUAAAGUGACUGUUGCUGGGGGAGCUCUCUAUGUAGCCUAUGACACAGGCCUACUAGGGGGAAGUGAACAAGGUUCAGAGGUCCUCAGCAGGGCAAAAGCUGCCAUUCCCCCUGCCGUGGACGAGUGGAUGAAGUACUUUGGCUUUGAGCUUCCUGCUCCUCCGAAAAUCGAGUUUUCUCUCCAGGAAUCAUGGAACUCAGGGGUGCAGAAGUCCGUGUCUGCUCUUUCGGUUGCCCCCACCACGGUGUGUGAAUAUACCAACCAAGGCAUUCAAUACCUGAAAAACUUGACCAAGUGAACACUGACACCCCCAGCUCACACAUCAGUGUAUCAAGUUUCCAUUUUGAAUGGGUGAAAGGUUCUUACCAAACAUGGUCAAAACGUAAGGAUAAAAUUGGAUUCACAUAAGUUUCAGAUGAUGCUAUAUAUUCGCUCUCAUAUAAAGGUCCUUUGCUUGAUUUGGAAAUUUUCUAGAGAAAAAUGGCAAAUGAUUUAGAGCCCAGGUGUGAAUAAAAAUUGUCCAGUACCAUCACAGAUCUCUUACUGAUAACUGGACACAAAAUGUUUCAGCAGAUAGCCUGCAGCUUUCUUGAAUGUAUAUGUUGCCACAAGCUGCUUGGGGGUGAAUAUAACAAAUGAUAGAAUUGAUGAAUCAUGAAGCAAGGCUUUCUGAUCAGUGAGGACUGAUAUAUGAUAUGUGAAACAACACGUCAAGAUAUGUGUGUGAAUCCAAUGCUCUUUGUCUGAAAGUCACUGUUUGAUUUUUCUGUUGUUUUAUUUAUUUGAAAACCUUCCAGAUAUUUAAUUUGUUUUGGCUUGGAAUCUGUUUUCACCCAUUUGCUUAAAACGUCUUUUAUACAGAAAAAUACUGUAUUUUUUGUAUGUAACCAAUUCCACCAUC